CGAAAUGGAUAUGCAUGUUUCUAUUACUUUGUGUUUGGAUUGAUUAUAGUUUGCAUGCAAUGCAACAUUUUUUCUAAAAAUCAUAUAAUAAUAUAUAUGUUCCUACCUUUCACCUUCACCCAUCUUAUUUUCAAUUACCCAAACCAUUUCCUCUCUCCCAAUUACCUAUAUAAACAUCUGCUAAGUAUGCACACAAUAAUACAUAUUCUCGGAUCCAUCAAAAACUAAACUGCUUGAAAUGGCUUCAAAAGUUGUCUUCAUCUUAUUAGCUGCCGGAGCUUUUGUUUUUGGCGCGAAUGCUGGUCGGAGCCUCGGCGGUGCUGCCGGGCUUUACGAGAAGAAAGGAGUCAAUGACUAUGAGGACCAGAAAACCUUCUUCCACUAUAAGUACGGGUUUCCCCCCUACUACGGCGGAGGUGUGGGAGGAGCAGGCGGCGGAGGAGCUGGUUUUGGGCCGGGUUUCGGCGGAGGCGCCGGAUUCGGGGGCGGUUUGGGCGGCGGCGGAGGAGGCUUUCCGACCCCGGACCUUGGCAGCGGCGGCGCGUCGGGGUUCGAGCCCGGUGUCGGGAAUGGUUUCGGGUCAAGCUUUGGCGGGUUCGGAGGUGGUCAGUCGGGUUUUGGUGGGGCCGGAAGUGGGUUCGGGUCCACGGUCGGAGGCCUUCCGGGCGGCGGCUCCUCCGGCUUCGGAGCCGGAGGAGGCAAUGCCGGGAUUGGGCCGAACUUCGGCGGGUUUGCCGGAGGUUCCUCCGCGCAGUUCGGAGGUGUAGGGGCCACGGGCCCCUUUGGCACUAGACUCGAAGCUGGCCUAGGGGGCGGCCCCACCGCAGGCGACAGCAGUCCUAGCGGUGACACCGACAGUAAGGUGCCACCUGCGGGAAUCAUCGGCGACGGCCUGUAGACUAUGAAUGCAUGUUCCCUUUCAAAUUUAAUUUCAUAAUCAUAUCACAAAUAUUAUUAUACUGAAAGAAACAUAAUCCAUCCUC